UUGUUAAAAUCUCUUUUGAAUCAUGCAUGUAAAAUUUUAAGAAUUUUUUUAAUGCAUCUAACAUUAGGCUUACCAUUUCUAUGCAAAAUGAAUCCAGCGUAUAUUUUAGCAAAAAGUUAAGGAAAAAUUAUUUCAAAAUGUUCUGUAAAAACAAGAAAGAUUGAAAACGCUCAGUCAACGAUGCACGUGCGUGUUCACAAACACACGAAUAUGCUAUUGAUUUUCCACGGUACUUUUAGCAUAGUGCGCACGUACCUAACGCACAUACACACAUUCAACUGGCGAAGUAGGAUGAGUCCCGGUGCGGAGGGCGUGCGCUUCGUUUUCUUUCGAGAUCGUGAAAGUUUAUAGCAGCGAGCAGCCGAAGAUAAAGUGUUAUGAAUAUGCUGAUUCUGUGGCUAUUGAAAAUCGAACGCAAUAUUUGUCAAUCGAUUAUUUGCUAAUCAACAGUCGUGGUUAAGGUACUUGGAUAUUGGAUAGCAAUCCGAACAUCGAUACGAGACGAACAUCCUCAAGCCAAUUGUUAUUAUCUUGAUUCUUAAAAGGAUUCACGUUGCUUCUUCUUUCGAAGUAACAGAAGAUUUCUUAUAUUUUAACAAGAAUUACACUUGAACGCGGAAUAAUAUAGUUUACCGGAGAUCUAAGUGACUUACUUGAAGAAAAGAAAGUGCACGACAGUGUUGUUUGCUAUACAAGACAAAUUUAUACUGAAGGGACCCCGGUUAGCGGGGGUUAAUAUCAUCGGGACGGCAGAUGUCAGAAUGCCAGAGCAGAGCAACGAUUACCGCGUGGUGGUGUUUGGAGCGGGUGGUGUUGGCAAGAGUUCUCUCGUAUUACGUUUCGUGAAAGGAACUUUUCGUGAAUCUUAUAUACCCACUAUCGAGGAUACGUAUAGACAGGUGAUAAGCUGCAAUAAAAAUAUAUGCACGCUUCAAAUUACCGACACAACGGGGUCUCAUCAGUUUCCCGCGAUGCAGCGGCUUUCCAUAAGCAAAGGUCAUGCCUUCAUCCUCGUAUAUUCGGUGUGCUCACGGCAAAGCCUCGAGGAACUACGACCAAUCUGGGCCAUUAUUAGAGAACUUAAAGGGCAGGAUAUAUCACAGAUACCUAUAAUGCUGGUUGGAAACAAAUGUGAUGAGAGUCCAUCAGUGCGUGAAGUAUCGAUGAGCGAGGGUGCAGCAGAAGCCGCGAAUUGGGGUUGUGGUUUUUUGGAGACAUCUGCCAAGACGAAUCAUAACGUGAACGCCUUGUUCCGAGAUUUACUGAUGCUUGAGAAAAAUAGAUCUGUAUCGUUACAGCCUGUACAAAGUAACAACGCGAUCAGUCUGAAAGAGAAAUGCUGCGUAAUGUAAUGGGCCGAAAGUGGAACAAGAAAAGUAAGAAGAAGUUGCAAUCGCAUUUUCAGGCGACAAGAAGCUAGAAAACGACGAGAGUAACAGCCUUCAUUGUUGUUAUUCUUUUGACCCGGCAUGGCAUCGGCCACGGUAGUCUCGACACGACCAAUAGUUAGUACAGAUUAUAUUUAUGCUAACAAAAGGGAUGAUAUAUAUCCUAAAAGGUUACGUGUCGUACAGGGUAUAUUUAAAAUACUCUUUGUUCAUUAAGAAGCUUAUUCUUGCGC